CCCCCCCCAGUUACAGUAGUAAAUCGAGAGAAAGUGAAGGUUACUUUCAUGAACAAAAGUGUAUGUUAGGUAGCUGCGUCUAUCAUUAUCAAACUAACUUUUUUCGUUGGCCAAAGUCUACUUUUCAGGUAGGACUAAUUUUACGGUCACUACUCACGAACGAAAGGUGAGAGGUGCUCGCGGUAAUUGUGCUACAUUACAGUAGCAUCGGGGAAGCCUAAUGUCAGCUGUAAUCUUCUAUAAUGAGUGGAAAACAACUAAUCCUGUGUUGUUGUGUGGCUGAGUCAGGACUAUCUGAGGACCAUGAGUCGCGUUCCCCUGCAGCAGCAGCAGAGCUGUGGCUCCUGGGAGCUGAAGGAACGCCUGGGGACCGGGGGCUUCGGGAAUGUCACCAGAUGGCAGAACAAGGACACAGAGGAGCAGAUAGCCAUUAAGCAGUGUCGUCAGGAGCUGAGUGAGAGGAACAGAGAACGCUGGUGUUUGGAGAUACAGAUCAUGAAGAGACUGGACCAUGUGAAUGUGGUAGCAGCGAGGGAGGUUCCUGAAGGGCUGCAGUCCUCCUUACGCAUCAAUGAUCUACCUCUACUGGCCAUGGAGUACUGUCAGGGAGGUGACCUGAGGAAGUAUCUGAACCUGUUGGAGAACUGCUGUGGAAUGAGGGAGGGUUCCAUCCUUAUUCUGCUACGGGACAUAUCCUCUGCUCUGACCUACCUUCAUAAGAAGAGGAUCAUCCAUAGAGAUCUGAAGCCAGAGAACAUCGUCCUCCAGCAGGGAGAGAAGAGAUUGAUCCAUAAGAUCAUAGAUCUGGGCUACGCCAAGGAACUGGACCAGAACAGUCUGUGUACCUCAUUCGUUGGAACACUGCAAUACCUGGCUCCAGAGCUCUUGGAGAGACAGAAGUAUACAGUGACUGUGGAUUAUUGGAGCUUUGGUACAUUGGUGUUUGAGUGCAUCACUGGAUUCCGGCCUUUUCUGCCAACCUGGCAACCCGUGCCCUGGCAUAGUAAGUUGAAGUUGAAGCAGGAUCAUGACAUUGUGGUUUAUGAGGACCUGACAGGGGAGGUGCGCUUCUCUAAACACCUUCCCCAGCCCAACAACCUCAACACUCUGUUGUUGGGCCGUCUAGAGAGCUGGCUGCAGCUGAUGCUGAGGUGGUCUCCCCAGGAGAGAGGCAAGGCAGACCCCCAGACCACUUCCUCAGACUGCUUCUCUCAGCUAGAGACUAUACUGGAGCUGAAGCUGGUUCACGUAUUGAACAUGGUGUCUGCUAAGAUCUUCACCUACUCUGUCUCAGCCAAUGAGAGCGUGGCUGAUCUGCAGCAGCGAAUCGGGUCUGACACCAACAUCCCUCCAGCCAAUCAAGAGCUACUGUUGGAGGCGGGACUAGCCCUGGAGCCACAGGGAGAGGCGGGGCAGUGUGCCAUCGACUACACUGAGAUCGACGGGAGGAGGACAGACCUUCCUCUGGUGUUCCUGUUUGACCGUUCCUCCUGCACCUACGAGCCCCAGUUCACCCCCCGCACAAUGCCUGAGAACAUACGCUUUGUCCAGACGGAUCCUAAGCACGUGUUGUCUUACAGUCCUCUGAGGAGGACCUGGGGCCAGGCCUGGGACACCAUCCGCACCCUGAAGGAGGACUGGCAGAGGUUACAGCAGGGACAGAAAGCUGCUCUCAUGAGUUUGCUGAGACACAACAGCUCCCUGUCGAAGCAGAAGAAUGAGAUGGUGUCUAUGAACCAGAGGCUGACGGCCAAACUAGACUUCUUCUCUACCAGCCUGCACAUAGACAUGGACAAAUACCAGGAGCAGAGAGCUACAGGGAUAGCCUCUGAAAAGCUGCUGGGUGUGUGGAGGGAGAUGGAGCAGACUGCAGUCAGCUGUGGCCAGGCAGAGAGGGUGACAGAGCUGGACGAGGAGAUGAUGCUCCUCCAGACAGACAUCGUGGACCUCCAGAGACAACCGUGGAGGAGUGGAGAGGCCCUGGACACACUUGAGGGGAAGGCCAUGGAGUUGUUCCGUAAGCUGAAAGAGAAACCUCGAGACCAGAGGUGUGGGGGGGACAGUCAAGAGGUCGUACGUCUGGUGGUCCAGGCAGUCCAGUUCUAUGAGAGGAAACUCAAAGACUUCUACACACACCUCAGUAAGACGGUGGUGUGUCGUCAGCGUGUAAUGGAGCUGCUACCCCGUGUAGAGGGCGUGGUACAGAGAAUGGCUGAGAGUGAACAGGUCCUGAUGAAUCUACAGGAGAGACGGCAGAGGGAACUAUGGAACCUGCUGAAAGUAGCCUGUAGUAAGGUGCGCAGCCCGGUGAGUGGGAGUCCUGUGGAUGGGGGACGCUCUUCCUCCUCUCUUCCCCCUCUACUGACCCCCAGACCCAGCCUACAGCAGCUGGAUGAGUCUCUGUCGGUGAUCGAGGAGAGCAGGACGUUUGAGAGUCGACUACAGAGUCUGAUACAGGAGACCAUCCAGGAGUCUGAAAGCGAUAUGCAGUUGCUGAGAGAGUGGACGUGGCUGAGUGAAGGACAGGACCUUUCCUCUGAUCUUUCCUGACUCUACUGGUUCCCACGGAGGCAGGGUUUCCCCUAGUUACUGAUACCGGGUCAGAAAUGUCAUGUUAAGGAUUGGAGUUAGACCUGAGGUUAAGGGAUGAUUCUGUCUCAAACUGAUGUCAAACAGAAGAGCCGUCCCAUUCCAGACCCCCUGUUGUGGUCCUCUGCUGCCGCUGUGUGGCGGGGAAGACUUACUGCAGCAGAUUGCAUCGCACAAUUUGACACUGACUCUUGGCGGUGCUCCAAAAAGAAUGGAUUGAGCCAACAUUGAUAUUUUUCAGGCUCAUUGGCGUGCCGAUAUUAACAUGUGCAACACCGCUGUAAUCUAUACCCUGGUGUAUUGGGGUCAUCUUCAAUCCUGCUCUAAAAGGUGUAGGUUUGAAUGAGGAAAAUGUUGACCACUGGCAUAGCUGUAUUUAAACCUGGUCCAAUCAAAACCAAACAAUCUCACUGGUUGUCCUCUUUACUAAAGUCCUGGUGGUACUGGUUCUAAAGUCUGGUCUGUUCCCUGGUGAUGAUUCCUAAUCUUUCAAAAAUGUUUUUAUGCGUGCCACAAAAUAUUCUCUGACCAAGGUUUUAAGCUGUAGCUUUUAUAUUCAGUUACCAGUCUCACAGUUCCCCCCAAAGAAUGUAAAAGAGGCCCCAUUGUGGACUUGCUGUGCCACUAUGUAAAACAUAUAUUUUUACUUUAUCAUAUACAGUGCCUUGCGAAAGUAUUCGGCCCCCUUGAACUUUGCGACCUUUUGCCACAUUUCAGGCUUCAAACAUAAAGAUAUAAAACUGUAUAUUU